UCCGGAAGCGGGAGCCGCUCCCGAUUACCAGCAGGGGCGGAGCCGGCCCGGGCCACCUGGGCCGAAGCGAAACUGUGGGGUCCGGUCGAUGCACCCAGAACCUGGAACUUAGACUCCCCUGUGCGAGGGCCAGAGGCGGGCCGGGGCCAAAACUCACCUGCGCGCGCGGAAAACUGACCCGGGAGUAGCCUCCGGGAUCGCCCAGCGCGGAGGCGGAGGCGGAGGCGACCGGCUGGCCCCACCUGGGCCACCCUCCGUCCGCCCGUGCGUCCCUGCCGGCGGGGCCGCCAUGACCUGGAGCGCCACGGUGCGGGGCGCCCACCAGCCCGACAACACCGCGUUCACGCAGCAGCGCCUCCCCGCCUGGCAGCCGCUGCUGUCGGCCAGCAUCACGCUGCCGCUCUUCUUCUGCGCGGGCCUGGCCUUCAUCGGCCUGGGCCUGGGCCUCUACUACUCGUCCAACGGCAUCAAGGAGCUCGGGUACGACUACACGGGCAACCCGGGCACCGGCGACUGCUCGCUGUGCGGCGUGGCCGACCAGGACCGCGCGCCGCCGCCCAGCUGCCGGUGCGUCUGGAACUUCUCGCUGGCCGAGCUCUUCCAGGGCCCCGUGUACCUCUACUACGAGCUCACCAACUUCUACCAGAACAACCGGCGCUACGGCGUGUCCCGCGACGACGCGCAGCUGAGCGGGCUGCAGAGCGCCCUGCGCCACCCGGUCAACGAGUGCGCCCCCUACCAGCGCAACGCCAGCGGCGUGCCCAUCGCGCCCUGCGGCGCCAUCGCCAACAGCCUCUUCAACGACACCUUCUCGCUGUGGCACCAGCGCCUGCCUGGCGGGCCCUACGUCGAGGUGCCGCUCGACCGCACCGGCAUCGCCUGGUGGACCGACUACCACGUCAAGUUCCACAACCCGCCCUUGGUGAACGGCAGCCUGGCGCUGGCUUUCAAGGGCACCGCGCGCCCGCCCAACUGGCCCGUGCCGGUCUACCGGCUCAGCCCGGACCCCAACAACACCGGCUUCAUCAACCAGGACUUCGUGGUGUGGAUGCGCACGGCGGCGCUGCCCUGGUUCCGCAAGCUGUACGCGCGCAUCCGCCAGGGCAACUACUCCGCCGGCCUGCCGCGCGGCAACUACCGCGUCAACAUCACCUACAACUACCCGGUGCGCGCCUUCGGCGGCCACAAGCGCAUCAUCUUAAGCAGCAUCUCCUGGAUGGGUGGCAAGAACCCCUUCCUGGGCAUCGCCUACCUGGUCGUGGGGUCCCUCUGCAUCCUCACGGGCUUUGUCAUGCUGGUCGUGUACAUUCGCUACCAGGACCAGAACGACGAGGCCGAGGACCAGGAGUGAUACCUGCUUUCAAAGCAUCCGUCCUGCGUCUUGCCAAAACUCUCUUGCAAGCUUCUCCCCCUUCGCCCCUCGCCCCUCACCCAGGUCCAGCCUAGCCUCACUUUUUCCUGCUGUGUGGAUGAGGGGACCAGAGAGAGUAAUUGCACCCUAUUGGGGGCCACCAGACUUGUUGGGAUGCUUGGGCUGUAGAAUAUGACAACCUUGCAAGAUCUCCCCAGCUGCUUCACGAUUUACCGAGUUGACGGGUUAGGUUUUAAGUUCCGUAGCAUUUGAGAACGAAAGGGACGUUAGAGACUCCUUUUCGUCUAUUUAAUGAAGAGACGGAGACCUGGAGGUGUUAAAUAGCUCAUUCAAGAUCAGGCAGCUCCUCUUUGGCUCCUGACUCUGAUUCCGGAGCCUUUACCACUACUACAGUGGUUUCAUUCUGUU